UUCUACAGUGGGAGCCAAGAAGAAAGGUUUGCUCCCGGGUGGAACAGGGAUUAUCCUCCUCCUCCCCUUAAGAGUCAUGCUCAAGAGAGACACUCUGGCAACUUUCCUGGCAGAGAUUCACUUCCCUUUGAUUUCCAGGGGCAUUCGGGGCCUCCUUUUGCAAAUGUAGAGGAGCAUUCUUUCAGCUAUGGAGCUAGAGACGGACCGCAUGGUGACUAUCGAGGAGGGGAGGGACCUGGACAUGAUUUCAGGGGGGGAGAUUUUUCGUCUUCUGAUUUCCAGAGCAGAGAUUCAUCACAGUUGGACUUCAGGGGUAGGGACAUACAUUCUGGGGAUUUUCGGGAUAGAGAAGGACCACCUAUGGACUAUAGGGGUGGAGAUGGUACUUCUAUGGAUUAUAGAGGUAGGGAGGCACCUCAUAUGAACUACAGAGACAGGGAUGCUCACGCUGUUGACUUCAGAGGUAGGGAUGCCCCUCCAUCUGACUUCAGGGGCCGGGGCACUUAUGAUUUAGAUUUUAGAGGCCGAGAUGGAUCCCAUGCAGAUUUUAGGGGAAGGGAUUUAUCAGAUUUGGAUUUUAGGGCCAGGGAACAGUCCCGUUCUGAUUUUAGGAAUAGAGAUGUAUCUGAUUUGGACUUCAGAGAUAAAGACGGAACACAAGUAGACUUUAGAGGCCGAGGUUCAGGUACUGCUGAUCUAGACUUUAGGGACAGGGAUACACCACAUUCAGAUUUCAGAGGUAGACACCGGUCUAGGACUGAUCAGGAUUUUAGGGGCAGAGAGAUGGGAACUUGUAUGGAAUUUAAAGAUAGGGAGAUGCCCCCUGUGGAUCCAAAUAUUUUGGAUUACAUUCAGCCCUCUACACAAGAUAGAGAACAUUCUGGUAUGAAUGUGAACAGGAGAGAAGAAUCCACACAUGACCAUACGAUAGAAAGGCCUGCUUUCGGCAUUCAGAAGGGAGAAUUUGAGCAUUCAGAAACAAGAGAAGGAGAAACACAAGGUGUAGCCUUUGAACAUGAGUCUUCAGCAGACUUUCGGAACAGCCAGAGUCCAGUUCAAGACCAAGAUAAGUCACAGCUUUCUGGAGGUGAACAGCAGAGUUCAGAUGCUGGUCUGUUUAAAGAAGAAGGCGGUCUGGACUUUCUUGGGCGGCAAGACACUGAUUACAGAAGCAUGGAGUACCGUGAUGUGGAUCAUAGGCUGCCAGGAAGCCAGAUGUUUGGCUAUGGCCAGAGCAAGUCUUUUCCAGAGGGCAAAACUGCCCGAGAUGCCCAACGGGACCUUCAGGAUCAAGAUUAUAGGACUGGCCCAAGUGAGGAGAAACCCAGCAGACUUAUUAGAUUAAGUGGGGUGCCUGAAAACGCCACAAAAGAAGAGAUUCUUAAUGCUUUUCGGACUCCUGAUGGCAUGCCUGUAAAGAACUUGCAGUUGAAGGAGUAUAACACAGGUGAGUUUCUUGACUUGCAUGUGGCCUUGGGUUAGCAGGAGUCGAGUCUCUGUCAGAUCUCUGCAUCAUGUGCUACUUAAAAUUUAUUUUAAGAAACCACAAUUAAAAUUUCCAGAAGCCUCCCGUUGGUGCCUCCAAAUAACAACCAGCUUUAAUCUUAACUGUGGUUCUUUGUGGAUGUUUGUCCACACAUGGGUGAUGAGGAUGCAUGUUCCAGUUCUUCUGAAUGCCUGUGAUAUAUAAAGAGAGUGUCGCAGCAAUUGCCCUGAAUAUAUUUUAUAUAAUUAUUUAACUUGCUAUGGAUGUUCUUCAUGGUGGUGGAAUGUUUAUGUUUGAGCCUAGUAGGAUUUAAUAAGCUUGCUGUAUGUAAAACUUUACAUUCAUUGCUUCAGAGUAAAAUUUAUGACUUCCCAGAGGAAUUGUACAAAUUAGUGGUUUCUUUAAUUUUCAGUUUUGCUUUGAGAAUGGAGUCCUGUUACAGUUAUUUUGUUGAAAUCCAUGAAUAGAUCCAGAAGAGCUUUCCCUUUGACAUCUGUUCUGUGGUCUGAAUGGUAGAUUAAACUUUUCAGAAUAUCCUCCUAGUCGUAUUUCACAGCACCAAUUUCAGUCAUUUCCUUUAAAUCUUACUACAGUGAAAGUAGUCAAAGGUGAAAUGCCAAGAACUCAAGGUU